AUGAUAUAUCAUCUUCACAACAGCCGUACACAAAUCGAAAGAACGAACCGGGCCAUCAAUCUACUGAUUACUUACGCUCUGAAUACGUGCAUUGCUCACAACGUAACGCCAUGCUCUCCCUCUCAUAACUUGACUUUGUAUCGUCUUGACCAUGUGUGCAGGGUAUUUGCUGUCACUACACUGAUCACGUUCUUGACGUUACAUCAUUCCCUCCUCUUCUCCGCAUUCUGUUUCAUAUUGGUCCGACUCUAUCUCUGCUCGUUCAUGUCUUCCUUGAAUUCUCGAAGAUUUGUUCGACACGAGCUCAACGGCAGACAUGAUGAAAUGAUUACGCUGUCCAGAUAUACUGUAGGGGAGGCCCUACGGGCGCAAGCAGCUGUUGGUAAAUCAGUUAUAAGUCACACAGGGUCUGAAUACUCAUCUUCGAGGUUGCAUCAUGCUGAUAUUAUUAGUACAGGGGAUUGA